AAAUUAUUAUUGACCACCAAAACAUUCUGAAGAAAUAUAAUGAAUUUUUAUCAAUAUUCCGACCAUCAAUGUUACAGGAAGUAUUUGUUUUGUCGUAUUCGAUCAUUGUACUUUGGUUCAUUUUUCUAAAGAGUUUUAUUGAAAGAGAUUUUACGGAAUCAUUAGGCACUAUGGCAGUGACAUCGAUGAAAGCUAGUUUUUCAAUUCCGUAUUGUAUUUAUCAAAUGUAUAUGUACUGUUAUAUAUUUGAUACCUUACACAAUGAAAAAGAUUCUAUAAUAUUUGGGUUGUAUAGUUGCAAUUGGACAGAAAUGGACAUGAAAUGUAAAAAAUUGAUUUUGUUAACAAUGAGAAUGAAUAAUGCACACCAACCAAAAUUACAAUAUACAAGGACGAGAAUUAUUAACAUGGAAAUAUUUUAUCAAACUAUGCGUGUUUGUUACACAAUUGUAAACGUGUUGAUAAAUUGGAAAAAAGAAUAACUGGUACAACAAUUACUUAAUGUACGGUAUUUUACCUUACCAACUAAUAUCGUUUUUUGCCUAUAACUCUGUCCGCCGAGAGACCAGGAUUGCGCGGUGGACGAAAACUCGUCGAUCUGCAUCACUUUUACUCGUAACGGAGACCGCCAGCAGCUCGAAAUUCGAUCCAUACGUCACACAGUGUCAUGUUUUUUUGUAGUGAUUUAAAUUCUUAUGUUCGAGCGCGUUUCGUGUUAUUUUUUGAACAAUUAAUUUAAUAAAUGUGUUGUAUGUACUUUGCAAUAGAAUAUUGUUAAAUUAUUAUCAUUGAUAGAAUACGUAGCAUAUUGUUAUCACAGCUGACAUGAACGUUUAUUCGAACUCACUACGUAUUCAAAAUAGUUUAGUCGUAAAUAAGGGAUAUUUGACGGAGAGCCCGUAUUUCCGUCAGUCGUCUGCGCGGAACGGUCUUGGUCUCUCAGCGAAUAGAAUGUAGUUAAUGGUUAUAAUUGUUCAUUAAAUAUAGGUUAAGUAAAAGUAUUAUUUAGAGUAGGUACAUGUUUAUGUAUUUUUUUUUUUUGUAUACGUUUAUGAAAUAUUUCACCAUUUAACUAUAAUAUUUACAUUUUUUUUGUUUAAUGUAGCUUACAUUCUUCAUUAAGUCUUAUAGUUCAUA